AUGAUGGAGCUUCAAAUAGAGAAGAGGUUCCACAACUUGACCCUUGAGCAAAUCCAAGCUCUGGACAAGGUCUUGACCGAGGUCAUCCCCAUCCAUGGACGAGGAAAUUUCCCCACCCUGCAGGUGAGAGUGAAAGACAUUAUCCGCGUGGUGAAGGAUCGGCUGGUCGAGAGAGACAUCCAGGUGAAAGACAUACGGCUCAAUGGUGCGACCGCCAGCCACAUCCUGGUGAAGAACAACGGCCUGGGAUACAGGGACCUGGACAUCAUUUUCGGAGUGGAGCUGCCCAGGCAGGAGGACUUCCAGGUCAUUAAGGAUGUGGUGCUGGGCAGCCUGCGAGACCUCCUCCCCUUCGGAGUUAACAGACGGAAAAUCACUUGCCUGACAAUGAAGGAAGCCUAUGUCCAAAAAAUGGUGAAGGUUUUCAAUGAGCAUGACAGAUGGAGCCUCAUCUCACUGUCGAAUAACAGAGCUAAAACCGUGGGGCUCAGGUUUGUCAGUUCCCUGCGAAGACAGUUUGAGUUUAGCGUGGACUCGUUCCAGAUAAUAUUAGAUCGCAUUCUUGAGUCCUACUGGGAGACUGACAGGAGCUCAUGGGCCGGGGCAGCGGGGGGGCCCACCAUCACCAUCGAAGCUGAGUGCAUGUACGGAGACUUUGAGCAGGCGGUGGAACACCUUCGCCAACGUCUCAUAGCCACCCACAACCCAGAGGAGAUCCGAGGAGGGGGCCUGCUGAAAUACAGCGACCUGCUGGUGAGGAACUUCCGGCCGGCCAGCGAGACCGAGAUCAAGUCGCUGGAGCGGUACAUGUGCUCCCGCUUCUUCAUCGACUUCCCCGACGUGAGCGAGCAGCAGCGCAAGAUCGAGGCUUACCUGCAGUGCCAUUUCAUGGGCAGCGAGGAGACCAGCAAGUACGACUUCCUGAUGACCCUGCGGCGCGUGAUAGACGAGAGCACGGUGUGUCUGAUGGGACACGAGAGGAGGCAGACACUCAACAUGAUCACGGUGCUGGCCCUGAGGGUCCUGGGCGAGCAGAACGCCAUCCCCAACACCACCAACGUCACCUGCUUCUACCAGCCAGCCCCGUACAUGACGGAGCCCAUUUACAACAGCUACUUCAUCACCCAGGCCCAGCCACCGCUCGUCUACCACCCCUACCCGCUCCACGUGCACAUGCAGAGCGGCCUGGUGUAG